AUGGCGAGACCUAGGCGUUCUGCCACAGGAGGCAAGGAAAACUCCGAGAGCACAGUGGCCGGACCAUCACAAACAUCGAAGCGAUCCACCCGCUCGAGCCGAUUUGCCACCCCAAAGAGCAAGGCCUCUUCGACCAUCCCAAACAGCACCGACAUCGAGAGCGAUUCAGAAGACGAGAUUGCAGUCGUUCAGCCAACAGCAGCAUCGAGGCGAGUCGUUAAGGGCGUCGCUCUGCCACACAUAGAUGCGAUGGCUCGAUCGUCGUUCGUCAAACCCGAGCCAAAGGGCAACUCUCCCAUAGACUCUUCGGUUUCCUCUGUCACCAACACAUCCCGUGACACUUCAGCCGAGUUCGAAACACCCGGCACUACACCUGCCACAUCCAUCAGAGGAGCGACAGUGUCUAUCACCAAGCGAAAGCGAUCAACCCUUGGCACGAAGGUCUACCAGAUUGAAGAUUCGGAAGAGGAGGACGACGAGAAGAUUGCAUUACGUCUGCAAGAGGAGGAGUAUGCACAGGCCGGAGCAGACCCGCAGCCAGCUACGAAGCGCAUCAAGACCGCUAUUGCUGAUUCAGAGGACGAAGAGAGCGAGCUUAGCGAGCCCGGAUCUGUGGAGUCCCUCGACUCGAUACCAACCAUGCGCUCUCGUGGACGACCCGCUGCUGUCAAGAAAGAGCCGGCAAAAUCUUCUGCUUUCAAGGGCAAAGGCAAGACGCUUGCUUCGUCUAGCAAGAAGGCUACACCGACUCGGAAAGCAAGCGCUAAUGCCCGCAAGUCACUGAGUACAAAGUUGAAGAUCGAAGACAGCGAUGAUGAGGCUGAGGCUCUCGGUGGAAGCGACCGUGAAGACGACUUUGUGGUGGAAAACUCUGAGUCCGAGGCGGUAUCGACUGGUGUUAGUGACACUGAGUCUGAUAUCCCGCUUGCCGCUGUCAGAGCUGCUGCUGCACCAACUCCUGCCCCUCGCGGUAUCGUUCGACGACGCGGUCGUGGUAAGGCCACAGUACGCGGAUGUGGUCGCCGCUUUGGAAAUAUUACCGCACAGCAAGCUCGCCAAAUCAACGCGGACAUCGAGGAGACAGUCGCAAUGGCUUUCUUGACUCGGAAGGAGCGAGAGCGGAAGAAGCUGGAAAAGGCUCACCCAGAGAUCAAGACCAUGUGGAAGACGCUCGAAGACAUUGACAUCAUCAAGCCGGUCCCAGCUGUGCAACCUGACAGCAUCAAUCGAAAGCUGAAGCCGUUCCAGCUCGAAGGUCUCAACUGGAUGGUUCGACAGGAGAAGUCGUCGUACAAAGGCGGUCUACUCGGUGACGAGAUGGGCAUGGGCAAGACGAUUCAAGCUGUGUCGCUGAUCAUGUCUGACCAUCCACAAAAGGAUCCCACGCUGGUCGUGGUGCCUCCCGUCGCACUCAUGCAGUGGUCCUCGGAGAUCACCGACUACACUGAUGGCAAGCUCAAUGUCUUGGUCUACCAUGGUCAGAACAACAAGGUCAAGAAGAUGUCUGUCAAGGAGCUGAAGAAGUACGAUGUCAUCAUGAUAUCGUACAACAGUCUCGAGUCGCUCUACCGCAAGGAGACUAAAGGCUGGUCGCGUGGUGAGGACAUCAUCAAAGAAGACUCACCCAUCCACGCAAUUCACUUCCACCGGCUGAUCCUGGACGAGGCUCACAGUAUCAAGACCCGCACGACUGGUGUUGCCAAGGCUUGCUUUGCUCUCAACGGCACUUACAAGUGGUGUCUUUCCGGUACUCCUGUUCAAAAUCGCAUUGGAGAGUUCUUCUCAUUGUUGCGUUUCCUCGAAGUUCGGCCAUUCGCGGACUACUUCUGCAAGCGUUGUCCAUGCUCGAUGCUCCACUGGGAGCUCGACGAUGACCACACCUGCAAGUCGUGUAAGCACACGGGCAUGGAGCACGUUUCGGUGUUCAAUCAAGAAUUGCUCAACCCUCUCACACAGUCCGAGGAACCAGAAGAUCGCACAGCCGCCAUGGACAAGCUGCACAUGAUCACUGCCCGUAUCAUGCUUCGCCGCGUGAAGCGCGACCAUGUCAGCUCAAUGGAAUUGCCACCAAAGGAAGUCAUUCUCCACCAGGAGUUCUUUGGCGACGUCGAGCGUGAUUUCUCCCAGAGCAUCAUGUCCACUACAACACGCAAGUUCGACACUUAUGUUGCUCGUGGUGUGAUGCUGAACAACUAUGCCAAUAUUUUUGGUCUUAUCAUGCAGAUGCGCCAGGUCGCCAACCAUCCUGAUCUGCUGCUCAAGAGGACUGCUGAAGAGGGCCAGAACGUCCUGGUUUGUAACAUCUGCGACGAGGUGGCUGAGGAGGCCGUCCGAUCACAGUGCAAACACGACUUCUGCCGCCAGUGCGUGAAGAGCUAUGUUCAGUCUGUCGAGGACGAAGGUGGCGAGGCCGACUGCCCGCGCUGCCAUAUUCCGCUGUCCAUCGAUUUCGACCAGCCAGAAAUUGAGCAGGAUGAGGACAAUGUCAAGAAGUCAUCGAUCAUCAAUCGCAUCAAUAUGAAGGACUGGACUUCGUCAAGCAAGAUCGAGAUGCUGGUUUACGACCUCUACAAGCUGCGCUCAAAGAAGCAGACUCUCAAGUCCAUCGUCUUCUCGCAGUUCACCUCCAUGCUGCAGCUCAUCGAAUGGCGUCUUCGCCGCGCCGGCUUCAACACUGUCAUGCUUGAUGGAUCCAUGACGCCUAUUCAGCGUCAGAGGAGUAUUGAGCAUUUCAUGAAUACUCCCGAAUGCGAGGUGUUCCUCGUCUCGCUCAAGGCUGGUGGUGUCGCACUCAACUUGACUGAAGCCUCCAGGGUGUACAUCGUUGACCCUUGGUGGAACCCUGCAGCCGAGUGGCAGUCCGCCGACCGCUGUCAUCGUAUCGGACAGAAGCGGCCCUGUGUCAUUACUCGAUUGUGCAUUGAGGAUUCUGUCGAGUCGAGAAUGGUCAUGUUGCAGGAGAAGAAGGCGAACAUGAUCAACGGCACGAUCAACAAUGACAAGACUUCGAUGGAGAAGCUCACACCGGAGGACAUGCAGUUCUUGUUCCGUGGCACUUAG